CACUAAAGUAAAGAGUAGUGGACACUGGCGAAUUAUUCUGCGGUAUGCUCGUUCGCAUGUGUUUACAGUGGAUUGACGUGACGUGACGUGACGGACAGUGUGAAUUGGCCGUUGCAAAAGCUCGGACGUUAAUAUCAUUCUACAGUAAAGGAAGAAGGAAAAGUUUUGCCUAAUGCCAAUAUAUACGUCACCAUUAAACAAACUUCCAUUUCUAAGAUAUUUAUUUAUUUAUUCAAAGUAAUUUUUAUUCCUUUCUUGCUGUCAAAUACUGCACCACUGAUUGGCCGAAACCACAAACCACAUGAUACGAAGCAAGUAAACAGUCUAAACACUCAAUUGGUAGGCGUAGGAGAAUAGGAGUGUCGUUGAAGACUGUAUCGGUCAUCGGAGUUAUUCUGUCAUGACUGGAAUCGUGGAUUUACUUGCAUGCAACAUUAUAGAGCGAGAUAGUAACGGUGAUGUAUUGUGGACAUGGACAUAUCCGUCCAUCACGGACGCGCAUCAGCAACAGCUGAUGAUAAGAAAAUGUGGCCUGGACGGCGAUCACGUAUCGCCGCAGCCGUUUGUAUUCGGUCGUUACGGGAAGAACUGGUAUUAUAUCAACUGCACCGAAGUGUUCGAGUCUGACAAUCUACCAAGGCUGAAGCAGUUUGCCUUAAUCUUAUGGGCUAAGGACUUGAAUCCGGAGAAAUACGAGACAUUAUGUAGAAUACUGAGUAAAACCUACUGCAAGACUGGAAAUCCAGCUGUCAUGUUACAGCUAUAUUUGUCUGUAAUCACGAGAGGAUCCUGCACCACGGAAGAAAAUGGAACUUUUCUGGCAAAGGAUUUUGAAUCUAGGAAAAACAUCCCACACACCAUGCUUAAAGAGCUGAUACAGACAUUUGGUUUAGAAUCAAUAUUAAUAUAUACUGGCCUGCUGCUGAAGAAGAGGAUCAUUGUUUACCAUCACAGCUUGGAAGCACUGUUGAAGUGGAUCCGUACUUUCCCUGCUAUGAUGUGGCAUCGAAAAUCAAAUGAUAUACUCCAUCCAUGGGUUGAUAACACCCCUGAAGAAAUUCUUGAUCUGAAGAGUAACACUUACUAUAUAGCUGGAUGCAAAGAUAGUGCUGUAUGUUCCCGACUGGAUUUGUUUGAUUUGUUAGUGAAUCUCCCAGCUAGAGAGAUUACAGUAGCGCCUCAUGCAAAAGAAAGUAUGGCUAUGACUAAAACACACAAAGACAUAGCAGUCUUCAUGGUACAGCUGGCAGACCAGCCUAAUAUUACAGAAGCACAGAUGAUCAGAGAGCUUGCUGAAAAGACGAGAGAUCUUCUACAGAAUCUAAGAUCACUGGCAACUGUAACUACACCAGAUGGGAAGAUGAUGGUCUCAGUUGAAACACUCCGUGAGAAGAAUUUUCCACAAGCAUUGGACAAUUUUCUUUUCAAUCUUGCUGUUGCCGAGAAUAUGAUGUUGCUAUGAAAUACAAAAAUACAUUUUGUUAUGAACUUUAUAAAAGCGUGUAACUUUAUGUAGUUAUGAAGCUUGUUCACAAGAUACUUUGAAAUGAAAUUUGCUAGUUCCAACCAUUUAA